AUGCCUGGGGAUCGCCUUCUUGGAACUCUUCUUAGGCACCUCCAGACUUACACAGACGAGCAAGACACGCCCAGGAUAUUUGGAACUGCUUCAUCACUUUUGACGACUCUCAACAAUUCUCUGAAUGUCACCCUCCUUACGAGUCAGUUGUUAUCAGCCCCGGCGAUAUGGGCAUGCCCGGAAGGAUUACGAACAUGCAUGCGAACCAUCAGCGUCUUUCAUGCUGCAGCGCAGGCACUGGUCAAGCAUGAAAAUGCUGUGAAAGAUCGGGUGCCUGACCAGGAAUUCUCAAAGCUUCAACACGAGCGGACUCUUGCGAAGGACGAAUGGAUUGAGGCUACCAUCAAAGGUGCUGAUGACCAUUCGCCACGAUGGCGGCACCUUCUGAGCAUGGCUGGCCUGCUGCUUGGAUUUGGACCUAUCGAGGAUGAGAACUUGUCGCUCAGUAUGAGACAGAAACUCGAAAGUGCCCUGGUCACGGCUGCCAAUCUUGCUCUGGAGGAAACUCUGGAAGACGAUCAGCUAGGCAAUGGCGCGAUCACCCUUGUGCUCAACCAUUGUUUCCCUAUACUCUCGGACCACGAACGAGCUGCCCUGGAUUUUGACCAGUUACUGCCAUGUCUAAUGCGAACAACCUUUCACUCAGGUGAAGGCCUUCAGUCAGGCUACUUUCUUGGAGCCUUGGAUCGUGACAUUCUGACCGCGAGCGACGGCAAGUUAAGAUGGGUGCAGCGAACGACUUCCUUCCAGCACAUACAACAGAUGAAUCAAAGCCCACUAGUAGGCUCUCUAGGUCCUCUUUCACGGUUGAUCGGCCACACUGUGGAAAAUCUUACUCAAAGCUGGCUUGUGCUGUCCGCUCUUGACGACCUGGAGGACUUUUCGAAAACGCUCUUGACGCAAUGGAGGCAAAACCGGCUCUCCGCUAUUGACUACACCGAGCAAGAGGCGUAUCUCGCUGAUGAGACUAUCAAAAUAACCACCCCUGUGCUAUGGAAAGUUCUUCAGUCCACGCUCUUUGCCAGUGUCAUUAUCUUGAGGAGUGCGCUUGGAAGGCUACUUGGAGACUCUAUUCUCGCAAGUGAUAAGAAUGCACCAAAGAUGGCCGAGCAAUCCCUGCAAAUCCUGCGCAGCCUCUAUUUCAUUACGACAAGACAAGGCUCUGCAACGUUCUCACAGUACAACUUUGUGUACUAUACGGCCAUGGAUGUCUUAGGUUCAUAUCCCUUGGAGGUCGAGCGCGUACUGCAUUCUAUGCAGCCGACGUCUGUUGGCACAGUGGCUUCGCAUCCCUUGGAUCGCACUCUGGAUCUGUUCUUCCUCAACACAGCCGAGCAUUUUACGCUGACUGUGCCGCCUAAUGUGACAGUCAACCUGUUGGUGCCGACUGUCACUGCUUACCUUGCUGCAGGCGGCAAGGGUUCUCUGUUUUCCAUCUUCGAAGCAGCACAUAGUGUUACGCUGGCCAUAUUCUCGGCACCCCAAAACGAAGAAGCUACUGUGGCCAAUCUCCCCUUCUAUGUGGACUCGCUGUUCAGAGUCUUCCCGCGAAAUCUAUCGACACGACAAUUCCGCCUGGCUUUCAAGACUCUGCUAAAGCUGACUUCUCCCCCAUCGUCACUAGCUGUGACCCAGCCGAUGAUGCCAGCUGUUCUGCUAGAUCUGCUUCACGAAAGAGCAGCGCACGCCGAGACAACUCCAAUCCCCAUACUACCUGGCUCCCCCGAAAGCGCAGUCGAGUCACCGGUUCCUCUGUCGGAGCAGGCAGUUCUGACGCUCACCGUCAUUGAUGGAUUAACACAAGUACCCCUGGAUGUCUUGGAUGAGUGGCUUCCAAUAACUGCAGACAUGAUUCACGAUGUGCAAGACCACAACAUGAGGGAGCAUUGCAAGGAACACUUUUGGCAUAUUCUUGUGAGCAGUGGAGAGCUAGAUCCUGAGAGAAGUCGUGUCUGUCAUGCUUGGUGGAGCACGAGCGGAGGCAAAGAAUGGGUGUUGCGUGGGAGAGAUCAUGCAGCGCUGAUGUCGGGCGGAUUGGAUGGCGAUAUAGCAGAGAGCAAGUUGUAACGAAGACGGUGUGCAUGUACCUAAUACGAUACCCGUUCCGUUCGGUAAAUAUUGAGUUUGAGUUUGAACCAGGACCAGGCAACCCAGGUUGAAGC